GGGAACUCAGUAUCUCAGUGCUGUUCGGGACCUCAUCCUGGGAGGACCUGGGGGUCACCCUAAAAGCUGGAUCUGUUCUUUGUAAACUAUGGGAUGACUAUACCGGUCCUUGUAGAUGUGUCAGAGGAUUUUACAAGCAGACACGUGUCUGUAGGAUAUUCCCAACACAUGCAUGUGGUCUGCCUUGCACUCCUGUGGGGAAUGAGUUGAUGGAUGCAGACUGGGGUUACUGAUAACUUUUAAGAAAGCAGAAGAAAAGUGAGUGUAUUCACUGAAUUCCUGUGGAUCAAGAGGGCAUUGAUUGCUGCUGGCAUGGAGUGUACAGGCUUAAGUGUGAACCCCCUCCAAAAACAGCUGCUUUUUAUCACUCGCUGAAGACCCCUUGUUUAAUUUUAGCUGCAGAUCACAGGGACCCUAUGAUGACUGAGUUUUGUGGAACAUCUUGGGGGAAAUUAAAUGCACUUUCCCAUGUCACUCAAUGCUACCUGUCCUGCUUUGAUGGGCAUUGCUAAAGAAAAGCUAAUAUAUGGGAUUAAUGAAAACUCCACAGCUACUCCUAAUGUGGAAGAAUUAGGUAAGAUCGGACAGACUGUAUUCUACUUACAGCCAUCAGACACACAAAAGGAUCUUGUUAAGUCGGUGAAAGAUGAAUCCCUCUGUGUGUUUGGCUCUCUUGAUCUGUUCCUCUGUAAGUGCUGAUGUAAAGCUGGUAUCAAAAAGAAAUUCUGUGGAUGGCUGCAUGGAUUGGUCGGUGGACUUAAAAAGUUACAUGGCCUUGGCGGGUGAACCGAUUCGCAUGAAAUGUGCCCUUUUCUACAGCUAUAUCAGGACUACGUACACUAUGGCUCAAAGCGCAGGACUCCGGCUCAUGUGGUAUAAAACCAAAGGCGACUUGGAAGAACCAAUAAUUUUUUCAAUUGUUAGGAUGAGCAAAGAUGACGACUCUAUAUGGAUUCAUACUGCAGAGGUCCAAGACAGUGGCCUAUACACAUGUGUUUUGAGAAAUUCCACAUAUUGCAUGAAGGUGUCGAUGCUCCUGACUGUGGCUGAAAAUGACAUGGGGCUCUGUUACAACGACCGGCUGCGAUACUGGGAACAAGUGCAAGUCACAAAAAACAAGCAGAUCACAUGUCCGGAUGUUGACGAUUAUAAAAUGGGAAACAAAGAGACUGAAGUGGUGUGGUACAAGGAAUGCAAGCCAAAGAAGUGGAGAAGUUCAAUUAUACAAAAGGGAAAUAGCCUAUUGAUACAAGAUGUUCAAGACCAGGAUGCUGGAAAUUAUACCUGUGAAUUGAAGUAUGACGGCAGACCGGUUAGACGGACUAUACAGUUAAAGGUAACAGCUUUAGUAACGGCCAAGCCUCCUCAACCACUCUUCCCUGUGGUGAACCAGCCAAGUGUUAUCGAUGUCCAGCUGGGCAGCCCACUCACUGUAUUCUGCCGGGCAUUCUUUGGAUUUACUGGAGACAACACUCCCCAGAUCUACUGGAUGAAAGGCGAUAAGUUUAUUGAAGAAUUAGAAAAUCAUAUUAAAGAAGGUGUAUUCAGAUUACUCAAAGAACAUCUUGGGGAGAAGGAAGUAGAACUGGCGCUCAUCUUUGAUAUUAUUCAAGAAAGAGAUCUGGGCAACUACAGCUGUCAUGUUGAAAACAAAAAUGGGCACAACCAUGCUACAGUAAUCUUACGGACUAGAGGUUUAAAGUAUAACAUUGAACUGGCUGGUGGAUUGGGUGCUAUCCUUCUCGUAUUUAUUAUGUUUGUGACAAUCUAUAAAUGCUACAACAUUGAGCUAAUGCUCUUCUACAGACAAAACUUUGGAAGUGACGAAGCUGCAGAAGACAAUAAGGAAUAUGAUGCAUACCUCUCGUACACUAAAGUGGACCCCGAUUCGCUAGACAAUGAAACAAAGGAGGAGGAGCAAUUUGCCUUGGAAAUUCUCCCAGAUAUCCUAGAAAAACAGUAUGGAUAUAAACUCUUCAUUCCAGACCGGGAUAUGAUUCCAAGUGGGACAUACAUGGAAGACCUUGCAAGAUGCGUUGAACAAAGUAGAAGAUUAAUCAUUGUCCUUACCCCGGAUUAUGUAAUCCGAAGAGGCUGGAGUAUCUUUGUGCUCGACAGCCGGCUCCAUAACAUGCUCACCAGUGGGGAAAUCAAAGUUAUACUGAUAGAAUGCACUAAUUUGAGAAAUAAAGUGAACUAUCAAGAAGUGGAAUCAUUAAAGCAUGCCAUCAGGCACCAGUCUUUAAUCAAGUGGAAUGGCCCAAAAAGCAGUAAAAUCAAUUCAAAGUUUUGGAAGCGUUUAGUCUAUGAAAUGCCUGCAAAAAAGCGAGAGGUGCUAUCACGACAGCACGUCCUAGACAGCGGGGAGCAGAGCCUUUUUGGAGAUCUGCAAACUGUGCCUCCCAUUGCGGUAACAGGGUCAUCUGGAACUUUGGGCAGAGGUCAAGGAGAUUUGUCUGGUUUUCACUCUGUAGAAUCAAUGCAAAUGAGACAUUUCUGCAGAGCGUACGAGUUUGACAAGUCUACUUCACCUUUGCCGGUAGCAUCUCUAGGCAAUCACCACACAUAUUGCAACAUACCUUUAACCCUGUUAAAUGGACAACAGAAUCAUAACAACGCAGUGAAGGACCCUCAAGAAUUCCAGGGGAACAGCACACUCAUACCAGUUUCUUCAAGGGAACUAAGCUUCACCAGUGAUAUCUGGUAAAUGACUUUGUAUCUGCGAUCUUCAAGCUCUUUGAAAAAUUCUAUAUGGAACACUAAAGUUCUACCACAGGUGUGCCGAAAUGAGCUUCAAAGCACUGGCACAAUUACUCAGUUUUGUACUUGAACAUUUUGUUUACAUCGACAGGAUAUUGAUAUUAAAGAGUCCUGUUUUUUUUUAGUUUUAACGUAGAAAGAAAGAAAGAGAAAAAAAAAUCUACUGUAUAAAAUUUUAUUGAUCUGUUGAAAAGAAAAAAGGAAAAAAAAACAUUAUGAUAUAAAUAUUUUAGAUUAGUUGUUGCAAUCUGCAAUGGAUUGGAGUACGGUAUGAGAUGACAGAAUAUUUAUAUAAAUAUAUAUUUAAAAGAAAAGUGUUAAUACAUUUGAGUAAAAAGAAAAUCUGAAUUAUAGUAAGUUUAUUUUAGAUGACUUAUGCAAAUGUCAUAGCACAUUGAGAAAUCUUUGUAAAGAAGACUGUAUGGUGGAGUGAAGGUUUAAGCAACUUGAGAUAAUACAUUUUGAAAAGCAAAAUGCACAAUGAUGUUAUAUUCAAGGCCCUUAGUGCUCAAGAGCUACAGCGACAUUUCUCUAGUAGGGAGCAUGGGUUGGAUUAGAGUUCAAUACUGCUCUACACCAGUCAUCUCUUACCCAAUGAAAUUCUCAAUAUCUGUGUUGUGAGAUGGGUUUGAUGUAUAAAACCAGGAGGUCUUGAACACAUGGUAGCCUGCAGGGCUUCAUCAAAAACUGAAAUAUAUGUUGCCUAUUUGCCUAUACGACAGCACUAACCACACCUUUUUAUUAAUUUUAAAAGAACAAAAAAGUAAAAUUCUGAAAAAACCCUCACCCAAGC